AUGGUAGUUGGAAAUAGUCGAAAAAAAGCUGGACGGCGAAAUCGACUGAACGCGCAAAGAAAACCCCGGGCUAUCAUCGAUAAUCCAAGCGACGAGGAAGGAUCGUUCAAGCGUAUCAACGAAAUCAUGACGAAGAAAUGCGGAAACAUCGAAAUACUUCAGUACAGUGAACACAUCUUUAAUUUACUUGUCAAAGCAUUGGCUGAUCGCAAACUUACAACCAUCUGGGCAAUCGGCAUCGGCCCAUUCCUUCACUCAUAUCAUUUCGGUUGUGAUCAACUGGCCGUUUUGCUCAAACUUAACGAAUUUUUCGGAUGCCAAUCCACAGAUUUGUUCACAUAUCGUCUCAUUGACAGUGAUGAUGAUCAAAGUGCCGUACUGCUUUAUGCACCCCAUUGCGGUCUUGCCAUGUACAACAGCUUAAUCUAUGCCCAUCGAAAGGAGCUGAAACGAGUUGUCAUCAUCGGUUUACUUUCGAGAAGUAAAUUUACAUGA